AUGACUGUUGUUGAAAAAGUCGGUAUAUUUAUCUACACUCUUGCAUUGGGUAUAUCUAAUAGAGAAGUAGCAGAACGAUUUCAACGUUCUGGUGAGACUAUUAGUAGAGCAUUUCAUGAAGUUCUAGAAGCAAUUAGUGGCCGAAGUAGGGCUUAUAUGGGUCUUGCACGUGAUAUAAUAAAACCAAAGGAUAGAAGCUUUUCAGAUAUACCAUCCCAAAUUGAACAUGACUCAAGAUACAUGCCAUAUUUUAAGGAUGCUAUUGGGUGCAUUGAUGGCACUCAUAUUGAUGCAUGCAUUCCUGAAGCAGAGCAACUGCGUUAUAGAGGAAGGAAAGGGAUCCCUACUUUCAAUGUCAUGGCUACAUGUGAUUUUGAUAUGUGUUUCGCUUUCAUUUCUGUUGGAUGGGAAGGAUCUGCUCAUGACACUCGUAUUUUUCUUCAUGCACUUCACACACCAGAAUUAAACUUUCCAAAACCACCUGAAAGUAUAUAGGAUUUUUUUUAUAAUUAUUACUUGAAGUUAUAUAUUUUUUAACCCAUUGUUUUAUUAAUCUAUUACAGGUAAGUAUUAUUUGGUUGAUAAGGGAUAUCCAGAUA